AUGGAGAGCACAUCUUCUUUAGGGUUAUUUGGUAUUAUCCGGGAGGCUUUUAAGAACAUAAGCAAGAACCGGAAGCUAGUUAUUUCCAUCCUACUUCUUGUGUUUCUUAUAUCAUGCCAAACAGAUUUUGCCGAGAAGUAUUUACUUGCACCAUUCGCUAAAGAUCUUUCGUCACAAUUCGAAAAAUACCCAAACAUGAUUCAAGAUAUCGCCAAUGGUAUGGAUUUAAGGUUUUACGCGGCUGCAAUUGAUGAUGUGCGUGAAAUGCUCCUUGUCAAAAUCUCAAUUUGGGUUAUUACUUCUAUUAUCUCGAUUGUUUACUUGGUAGCCGUGAUUUCAUCUUCUUCCGAGGCUUACACUGCCAAACUAUUAGGCCCAAAAGAUAUCUUCUUGAAACUAAGAAAAAGUUGGAAAAGGCCAUUAGUUACUAACUUUUGCAUGAUUUUUCUAACUUUGGGCAUUGUGUUCUUUUACUUUAUUGUGAUAACUAUAGCCGCCAUAUUCGCAUCAAAUACGUAUGCACUUGUGUUCCUAGGAGUUGUGACUCUUACUACUCCAAUUUGCUACUUUUACUUGGGUGCCCUUUGGAAGUUAAGUCUGAUUGUGUCCGUUUUAGAAGAAGGGUCUAGUGGACUUAAAGCGGUUGGAAGGGCCGCAGAAUUAAUCAAAGGUAAAAGAGUACAAGCGUCGUUGUUGAUGGUUCUUUUUGCUAUUGCCUAUGGUCUUGUUGCUAUGAUGACUAGAUUCCUUACAAGCUAUAACCGGGGCUUGGCCUCUGAGCUGGCUUUCACGAUUCCUCUUAAAAACUUGUGUUUUUGCUUGAUGAAGUUAUUUAUGUUAGUUGCAUUCACUGUUUUCUACCAUGAACGGAAAACAAGCCAAGACGAGCAGAAGGAGGAAGGCAAUCGGUUUUAUCUUCCCAUUGCUUCUGGUGAUGAAGUUUAG